AUGUUUCAAUGCAUUUCAUUGCAGGUUGCUCRAAAUGACAGUGACACUUACCUUGGAUCAGGGUUGGUUGCAAAUGACACCAUAACAUGGGCUAAGGGUGAAGUGCUUGGGAAGGGUGCCUAUGGGACAGUGUACUGCGGUCUGACCAGUCAGGGCCAGUUGAUAGCUGUGAAGCAGGUUUGCCUGGAUUCGUCUGACCCUGAUGCUGCAAAGAAGGAGUACAGUCGUCUUCAGGGGGAAGUGGAGUUACUUAAAACCCUUCGCCACAGCAAUAUUGUUGGCUUUCUGGGAACAUCGCUUUACCAACAUGUUGUUUCCAUCUUCAUGGAGUAUAUCCCUGGUGGAUCUAUUGCUAGCAUACUUCACAGGUUUGGUCCUCUGCCAGAACGAGUGUUGGCGCUGUACACCCAUCAGAUCCUGGAAGGGGUGGCAUUCCUUCAUCAGAACAGAGUGAUUCAUCGGGACUUAAAAGGAAACAAUGUCAUGUUGAUGCCAACUGGUGUCAUCAAGCUCAUAGACUUUGGUUGUGCACGACGCCUCAGCUGCCUUAACCCCACAGCUCCAAACAGUGGAGAGUUGCUGAAAUCCAUCCACGGUACACCUUAUUGGAUGGCGCCAGAGGUCGUCAAUGAAUCGGGGUAUGGCCGGAAGUCAGAUAUUUGGAGUGUUGGUUGCACAGUGUUUGAAAUGGCCACAGGGAAACCACCUCUUGCACAUAUGGAUAAAAUGGCUGCCUUGUUCUACAUUGGAGCUAGAAGAGGGUUAAUGCCAUCCCUGCCAGAUGGCUUCUCAGAGAACGCCAAAGACUUUGUAAAAAUCUGUCUGACAAGUGACCAGAGCGUACGGCCAUCAGCUGACCAGUUACUGAAACAUUCCUUCAUUCCUAAAGGGCACACGAGUAUCAAAUACUGGGAAGCACAGAAAAAGAAAUGCUGUGGUACAAAAGUGAGUGUUUAGAUUAGGAUAACUGCUGUUCUUAUUAAAUUCAGAGGCAUUAAAUAAGAUCUAAUCAUUUAAGUUCACAACUCAAAAAUGAAUARAUUGUGGUAUCAAAACCACUGUGAAUAAGCUAAAAA